AUGGCGGAGGAAUAUGAGACUCAUGACUUCUUGGUGGAGGAACAUGAGCCUCAUGACUUCUUGGCGGAGAGACACGAGCAUCAUGACCUCAAGGCGGAAGGACACCAGCCUCAUGGUGAAGGGACACGAGCUUCAAAACCUCAUGGCCAUAAAAAACAACAUUUCGGGCGCAAGGAACACAACUCCCCCCAGACGGAUGACCAAAGAUUUGGGCCAACGAACAAAGCACAACACUCCGCCGACAACCGGCUUCCCUCCACUCCAUCUCCCAGCUCCAAUGCGGCAACCUCCCCCACAACGGCUUCCUCCCACUCCAUCCCCAGCCGGGCCACCUCCCCCACAACCGCUUCCUCCACCUUCCAUCCCCAGCGACACUCCCCACACUGGCUUCCUCCACUUCCAUCCACCCAGCGACACCCUCCCCCACAACCAAGGCUUCCUCCACCUCCAUCACCAAGCGACCCUCCCCCACAAACCGCUUCCUCUCAUCCACUUCCCCAGCGACACCUCCCCCAAACUGGCUUCCCUCCACUCCUAUCACCUCAGCCGACACCUCCCCCACUGGCUUUCCUCCACUCCAUCACCAGCGACUCCGUCCCCCACAACUGGCUUCCUCCACUCCAUCCCAGCGAUACACCUCCUAACACUGGCUUCCUCCACUUCCAUCCCAGCGACACCUCCCCCACAACCGGCUUCCUCCACUCCAUCCCCAGCGCACCUCCCCCACAACCUAGCUUUCCUCCACUCCAUCCCAGCAGCACCUCCCCCACAACGGCUUCCUACUUCACUCACUCCAUCCCCAGCGACACCUCCCCAACUGGCUUCCUCCACUCCAUCCCCAGCGCUCCCCACACUGGCUUCCUCCACUCCAUCACAGCGACACCUCCCCACAACGGCUUACUCACUUCACCCCAGCGGCACCUCCCCAACAUGGCUUCUCCACUCCAUCCCCAGCGACACCUCCCCCACAACUGGCUUCCUCCACUCCAUCCCCAGCGACACCUCCCCCACAACUGCGGUUCCUCCACCCCAGCGACACCUCCCCACAAGCUUCCUCCACUCCAUCCCCAGCACACCUCCCCCACAACCUGCACUCCAUCCCCAACCUCCCCCACAACGGGCUUCCUCCACUCCAUCCCCAGCGGCACCUCCCCCACAACCGGCUUCCUCCACUCCAUCCCCAGCGACACCUCCCCACAACUGGCUUCCUCCACCCCAUCACCAGCGAACCUCCCCCACAACUGGCUUCCUCCACUCCAUCCCCAGCGACACCUCCCCCACAACUGGCUUCCUCCACCCUCCCCAGGACACCUCCCCCACAACCGGCUUCCUCCACUCCAUCCCCCACAACCGGCUUCCUCCACUCCAUCCCCAGCGACCAGGAGAGCACCACCUUCCCCCUCCAACAGGGACGAGAGAGCAUCGCAAAGCCUCGCCACAGCCAGUCUCCUCGCUGUUCCACGCCCUAAGUCUCCUCGCUGUUCCACGCCCCUAAGUCUCCUCGCUGUCCACGCCCCCAAGUCUCCUCGCUGUUCCACGCCCCCAAGCUCGCUGUUCCACGCCCCUAAGUCUCCUCGCUGUUCCACGCCCCUAAGUCUCCUCGCUGUUCCACGCCCCUAA